AUGACGUUGGAGCAAAUGAUAACUGUUCAAUCAACAAAUCAAUCUAUGAGGGAAGCGAAUGGGACUUGGAUUGCACAUGGCAAAACACUAAAAUUUGCAGCUUUAUUCUCAGCUUUACAGAAUCUUUUACCAUUGUUUGACUUGAGGAGAUCGGAGCCAUUUCAGGUGAUCAACUAUAAUCGUGGUGGACAUUACGCUCCUCAUUACGAUUAUCCGACUGAUGAGAAAACACAAAAAGUGAUGGAGAAACGGGGAAAUCGAAUAGCGACCGUGAUUGUUGUUUUGAAAAGAGCAGAAAAGGGAGGAGGCCUCGUGUUUACCGAACUUAAAACAAGCCUUCUCCCAGAUGUCGGUGAUGUCAUUUUAUGGUUUAAUAUGACAUCAAGACAUCAAUUGGAAUAUCUCUCAAAACAUGCAGCUUGUCCGGUGGAAAGGGGAAGGAAAAUUGUGAUUUCUCUAUGGAUUCGGUCAAAAGGACAAGAAUUUACGUUGAAAUCAAGGAAUUCGAAUGGAUUCGAUUUCAGAGAUUUUAAU